CGGGGGAGCAGCGCCAGCAGCAGAAAUGAUGGAAGAGUUGCAUAGCCUGGACCCACGACGGCAGGAAUUGUUGGAGGCCAGGUUCACUGGAGUAGGUGUUGCCAAAGGUCCAUUAAAUAGCGAGUCUUCCAAUCAGAGCUUGUGCAGCGUGGGCUCUCUGAGCGAUAAAGAAUUGGAGACUCCUGAGAAGAAACAGAAUGACCAGCGGAACAGGAAAAGAAAAGCAGAAGCAUAUGAGACCAGUCAAGGAAAAGGCACUCCUAGGGGACAUAAAAUUAGUGAUUAUUUUGAGUUUGCUGGGGGAAGUGGUCCAGGAACCAGUCCUGGCAGAAGCGUGCCACCUGUCGCCCGAUCCUCACCACAGCAUUCCUUAUCCAAUCCCUUACCACGGCGAGUGGAGCAGCCACUAUAUGGGGUAGAUGGCAGUUCUGCAAAGGAGCCGCAGGAAGAACACUCUCCUCUGCCAACGCUGAUGUCUAUGAUGCUGGCAAAACAGCGGCUUGAGAGUGAGCAGCUGGUACAGAGGGGAGCUGGCCUCUGUUUUGCUUUUGUUUCGGCCCAGCAAGGCAGCCCUUCUUCUACGGGAUCAGGGAACACAGAGCAUUCCUGCACCUCCCAAAAACAGAUUUCCGUCCAGCACAAACAGACGCAGUCUGACCUCACAAUGGAAAAAAUAUCUGCACUAGAAAACAGCAAAAACUCUGACCUGGAGAAGAAGGAGGGGAGGAUAGAUGACUUAUUAAGAGCCAACUGUGAUUUGAGACGGCAGAUUGAUGAACAGCAAAAGAUGCUGGAGAAAUACAAGGAACGGUUGAAUAGAUGUGUGACAAUGAGCAAGAAGCUCCUUAUAGAAAAGUCAAAACAGGAAAAGAUGGCAUGCAGAGAUAAGAGCAUGCAGGAUCGACUGAGACUGGGUCACUUCACUACAGUCCGGCAUGGGGCCUCUUUCACUGAGCAGUGGACAGAUGGCUACGCUUUCCAGAACCUCAUCAAGCAACAGGAGAGGAUAAAUUCCCAGCGGGAGGAGAUAGAAAGACAACGAAAGAUGUUAGCGAAACGGAAGCCACCUGCCAUGGGACAGACCCCUCCAGCAAGCAACGAGCAGAAACAGCGCAAGAACAAGACCAAUGGAGCAGAAAACGAAACGUUAACGUUAGCUGAAUAUCAUGAACAGGAGGAAAUCUUCAAACUCCGACUAGGUCAUCUUAAAAAGGAAGAAGCAGAGAUCCAGGCGGAGUUGGAACGACUAGAGAGAGUUAGAAAUCUACAUAUCAGGGAAUUGAAAAGGAUACACAAUGAAGAUAAUUCACAAUUUAAAGACCAUCCAACGCUAAAUGACAGAUAUCUUUUGCUACAUCUUUUGGGUAGAGGAGGCUUCAGUGAGGUAUAUAAGGCAUUUGAUUUAACAGAACAGAGAUACGUAGCUGUGAAAAUUCACCAGUUAAAUAAAAACUGGAGAGAUGAGAAGAAAGAGAAUUAUCACAAACAUGCGUGCAGAGAGUACAGAAUUCACAAAGAACUGGAUCAUCCUCGAAUAGUUAAACUCUAUGACUACUUCUCGCUGGAUACUGACUCGUUUUGUACAGUGUUAGAAUACUGUGAGGGAAAUGAUCUGGACUUCUACCUGAAACAGCACAAGUUAAUGUCUGAAAAAGAGGCACGAUCUAUUAUCAUGCAGAUUGUGAAUGCUUUAAAAUACUUAAAUGAAAUCAAACCGCCCAUCAUACACUAUGACCUUAAACCAGGUAACAUUCUUCUAGUCAAUGGUACAGCAUGUGGAGAGAUAAAGAUCACAGAUUUUGGGCUUUCCAAGAUCAUGGAUGACGACAGCUACAACUCCGUUGAUGGCAUGGAGCUGACAUCACAGGGGGCCGGUACUUAUUGGUAUUUGCCACCUGAGUGUUUUGUGGUUGGAAAAGAACCUCCAAAGAUUUCAAAUAAAGUUGACGUCUGGUCAGUGGGUGUCAUCUUCUACCAGUGUCUUUAUGGCAGAAAGCCGUUUGGCCACAACCAGUCACAACAAGACAUUCUGCAGGAGAACACGAUCCUUAAAGCUACUGAGGUGCAGUUCCCGCCAAAGCCAGUAGUCACACCAGAAGCAAAGGCAUUUAUCAGACGGUGCCUGGCCUACCGAAAGGAGGACCGGAUAGAUGUUCAGCAGCUAGCCUGUGACCCCUACUUGCUGCCUCACAUCCGCAAAUCUGUAUCCACGAGCAGCCCAGCCGGGGCUGCAAUUGCAUCAACCUCUGGAUCAUCCAAUAACAGCUCUUCAAACUGA